CAUGAAUGAAUCCCCCACACAUGCACACUCGGCCUCCCCCAAUUUCCCAAUCCAAUUGCUUGCUCCCAACGCCUCCCCCCAACCGCCCACGUUCCAAGCUCCCCCACAUAUAUGCUCUUGCUCUCAGUCUCACACACGCCUAUAUCUCCCUAUCUCCCAACCCCAAAACGUAUACCCAGAACAACUACUGGUUUCGAUUAUUGGUAUUGAAGAAUGUUCACAACUUGUGGCGGCCAUGACCAAAUGUUGCACCAUUUCUGCCCUCCUAGGCCAUUGGUAAUGGAUGGAUCAGGGUGGAGAACCAACGUUGAGCUCGCUCCAAACUGCCCUCGUUGCGCCUCUUCCAACACAAAGUUCUGUUACUACAACAACUACAGCUUGUCGCAGCCUAGGUACUUCUGCAAAGGUUGUCGGAGGUACUGGACCAAAGGCGGUUCCCUAAGGAACGUGCCUGUUGGUGGUGGUUGCCGUAAGAACCGGCGUGCCAAGUCUUCAAGGCUGCUGCAGAGGCAACGGGGUGCUUGGCUAAGUAGUAGUACUUCUCCUGACCAUAAUGGCAAUGACAAAUCUGCGGAUUCUUGCGAGUACUCUAAUGGGGAGGACUCCGCGUCUCAUCGAAGCGAAACCAGUGGCGCCGAUAUUGAUCUUGCCGUUGUUUUCGCCAGGUUCGUGAAUCAGAACCCGAGCACCGAGCCGGAGUUCAGGACAGUCCCGGAAUUGCGGCCUGAUGAUCAUUCCAACGUACUGGCCGACUCUUCGCCAAGUUCUUUAAACCAAGGUGACGAUGAUCAGCAGCACAAGACAGCGUUCGAGUACCAUGAGAAACCCAUUAAUGGAGGAGAGGCUGAUCACAUGCUACUCGAAGGAUUUCCUCGGGAAGAGAAAGUUAAUGAUCAAGUAUUCAUUGAAGACGAUGUGAACGCAUUUGGGUUUCAGAAUUUGUUGGAUGAUGAAGUGGUGCAAGAUGCUUUGUGGUCCGAUGAUGCUACAGCUAAUUUGACAAAUUUCAUGUGGUGUGCAGAUCAGUCAAGGACGAAUCUAAUCACCGAUGGUACUUGGAGUUCCUUGGAUUUCUCAGGUUUCGAGGUUUUCUCAAGACCUUGAUCAAGCGCAAGCUAGCUGGAACAAUCACAUUUUUAUUUAUUAAAUUUUUUUCCUACGAGUUCUUCUUCUUCUUCUUCUUCUUCAAGAUAGAUCAAUUACAUGACAUGAUGUCCAUUGAAGUGUUAAUUGUAUGGACGUUAAUAAUAUAUACUUUAAUGGAAACAUAAAAUAAAGGUAUAUAAUUGACUA